ACCAACUGACUUCUCUUCGUACUGCCAAUUCCGCUAUGGAUGAACACGCCCUUGAACAUUCGGGAGCUACAGGACAUUCACACAACCUCGAUCCUUCAGUAUUCAAGUCAAGUGCUGCUACUGACGAGCCCAUUGGCCUCGUUAUGGCCCUGCACAUUACCUUCAUGGUGUUAGCAUUUGGUUUUUUGUACCCCAUCGGCAUGGUACUGGGUCUCUCGAAAAAUCGGUGGCACGUACCUGUACAAAUACUGGCAACCGUAUUCUUCGUCGUUGGUUACUUCUUAGCUCAUGCUCAUGGUGGCCGCAACUAUGAGCCGCACAUUGCACAUCGAUGGUUUGCGUCUGUCGUUAUUUGGACAGUAGUGGUACAGCUCAUCCUAGGUGGUUAUUUGAAAUUGCAUUGGGAGAGAGGUAUUCAAGGACGGAUUCGGCCUUUUCUCGUUCGGUUUCACAAAGUGCUUGGAGCACUGGUACCGGUUAUUGGUUAUGUGCAAAUCGUUCUAGGCGUGAUUGCAAGCGUUGGAUUUUGCUAUGGAGACUCAACUGGACAGUGCCUUGCGCACUUUAUAAUGGGGUCCUCGUUUGUCGGCUAUGGUAUUCUGCUGUUGCUCUCACUGCGUGUUGGCGGUCCAUGGCUAUUGCGACGUGGAAAGAGUCAGGAAUGGUACGAUAGUUGGGUGAUCAUGUUAUGGGGUAUUGUUAACACCUUUACGGAACAUCGAUGGGGCCAGGAUUGGAAUCACGGUGAUUAUCAGCACACGUCGAUGGGAAUCAUUUGGUGGGUCGCUGGACUCGUCGGUAUCGUCCUCAGCAGAAAUGGCAAGCGAUCUGUUGUGCCAUCGAUUCUUAUCAUUCUCACCGCUGUAGCUUUCCAGGGUCACGCGCAACAUGUACCGAACAGUGGACAAAUCCAUUCUUUUUUUGGUUACAUGUUGAUGGCUGGCGGUCUCAGCAGGAUCAUUGAGAUUUGCUUUGUAUGGAAGGAGGGCGAAUUCGCCAUUUCUCCAUGGCAAUAUAUCCCCCCAUUGACGCUUAUUCUCGCUGGUCAUUUGUUCAUGGGCUCAACUGAGGAGCAACUCAUGUACCUGAACGGCUCAAUGAUCGACGUGAGCUCUUACAGCAACGUAUUACUCUCAUUUGGAUUUGCCGUCUUCUUGUUUGCCCUUGCUCUCAUUUUACUUUGGGAGAAAUUAACGCGUUAUGAUGCAUCCACCCACACGCGUGCCCAGCUUGAUACGGGCGGUGACUACAGCGAGCUUCCCUUGAAUGGUCCAAGCAACCUCGAUACCGAUACUUUACACGAUGGAGGUUCUGACUUUCUUGAUGAUGAUGAUGAGCAGGAUGAUGCGAUGGAGUUGAAGACAAGGAUUGGAGACAGUCAGCAUCGCUUAUAGUUGAAUAUGCGCCUUCAUCGCAAAAAGUAAAACAGAAACCCCU